AUGCCAGCCACUCGGUCAACACGCCGGAACCAGGAAACGAAGGCCACCUCCACAGCAGUAGAUGGUGCUCCGGAGACAGCUAUUUUAGAAAGAAAACGAGGGCUGAGUGUAACGGGGGCUUCCCUGGCAAAGAGAUCAAAGAAGUCGGGCUACAGUGGCGCCUCAGAACCACCCAAUUCUGAGCCGAAGCUGAAGAAGAAUUCACAGGACAACGAUACCCCAGAGACUGACAAUUUGUCUGAGAAAUUACUGGAAACCGAAAGGACCGAACAUCCAACAAAGGUCAAACCUGAAGACCAGAAAGAAGAGGAAGUGGAAGUAGGAAAAUCCAGGCGAGCGAAAGGUACAACUCCAGGGAAACGGAAGAUCAAAGAAGAGUCGUCAGCAGAGAUGAACCCCCUAGCUUCCCGUGCUUCCGGACUUCGAAUGUUUGUGGGAGCCCAUGUGAGUGCGGCAAAAGGCGUUCAGAAUUCUAUUCCAAACAGCAUUCAUAUUGGGGGUAACGCAUUCGCACUGUUUCUAAAGUCUCAGAGAAAAUGGGACAAUCCUCCUCUCCAAGAUGAGAACAGAGACUUGUUCAAGAAAGCAUGUGUGGACAACAAUUACGACGCUGCAAAACACAUCCUUCCACACGGCUCGUACCUUGUGAAUCUAGCGCAAGAAGACCCAGCCAAGGCAACAGUAGCGUAUAAUUCCUUCUUGGACGACUUACGCCGUUGCGAGGCGCUUGGUAUAAAGCUAUAUAACUUCCAUCCAGGGGCAACAAAUAAGACGUCUCUUGAGUCGUCUCUCUCCCGCCUUGCUAAAGCCCUAAUAUCUGCUCUUGAUGCAACAAAGACCGUUAUUCCAGUGCUCGAGACAAUGUGUGGCCAUGGAACUACAAUUGGUGGCCCACUGUCUCACUUCCGCGACCUCUUCGCGCUAAUCCCAGAGUCAUACCACUCUCGACUUGGUGUCUGUGUUGAUACAUGUCACAGCUUUGCGGCUGGGUAUGACCUACGCUCUCCGGCUGGCUGGGAUAAAUUCAUGACGGAGUUCGAUGAAACCAUUGGCCUUAAGUUCCUACGAGCGUGGCAUUUAAAUGAUUCGAAAACGCCUCUGGGUAGCAAUCGAGACCUCCAUGCUAACAUCGGUACUGGGUUCCUGGGGCUGAGAGCGUUCCACAAUUUGAUGAACGAUAAGAGGGUAGAAGGGAUGCCGAUGGUGUUGGAGACUCCAAUUGAUAGGCCCAUUGAAGGUGCAGGGGCAGGAGCUAAAGGUAAGAAAACAACUGAAGAUAAAUCAGUCUGGGCCAAAGAAAUAAAGCUUCUCGAGAGUCUUAUUGGCAUGGAUGCCGAGAGUAAGGAGUUUUUUGACCUAGAAGCCAAGCUUGCAGAUGAAGGAAAAGAAGAGCGAGCCAAACAUCAAGCCAUGUUUGAUAAGAAGGCAAAGGAGAAAGCCGGCAAAAGUAAAGACAUACGGUCUAUGUUUGGUAAAGGAAAGCCUCAGAAGAAGGGCUCAAGGAAGAAUGAUGAUAGCAGUGAAGAUGAAACUGAUGGGGAAUGCGGCAGCAGUCAUGAAUGA